UUGGGGUUUUUAGACUGCCCAUCAGAGACUGAAAUUGCUAACGGUUUGUUCAGCUGAUUCGCACGUUUCUGUUCUUAGUUUCCCUGUCGUUUGGUAGACAACGGGAAAAAUAGAGCAGACACCCAGAAAACGACAGCACACGGACGGUGUGUUGACCCCGAUCAUUGCUGCAGGAAUGGCGGACGACGUUUCCAAUAUACCGACUAACAAAGACUUCUCUACAUUGCAGACCAAUUUUGCCCUCUCUCCAAAGAGGAAAAAAGAUUCAGAAAACGAAUUUCAAACUGACUGGAAGCAGUCCAAUGAUGACAUAGAGAUUAACAUUAAAGUGGACUUCCUCACUGUGGGGGUGAAGGACCCCAAUGAUAUUGAUGUGACCUUCAGCGACUCUGAUGUAGUCAUUGGAUUCCCAAGCGGGAAGAAGUGGACUUGUGAUUUCAGUCAUCCCGUCGUGGGAGAAAAGUGCAAAGUUCAAAUAAAGAAACACAAGAUCAUUUUAAAAGUCAAGAAGAAAGAUUCAGGUGUCUGGAAAGAUCUCAUGGGUCCCCCUGUGAUGGCCUCUCAAUCUGACUUCACCUGUGAUUCCCCAAACUCCUCACUAAGUUCCCCCUCUGGAUCCUCUGAAAUGUUUGACCCUUUACAGAGUGUGACAUCCAUGUCUGUGAAUUCUCAGUCGGGCGAUACAGACAGCGGGGUUCAUGUCAUCGAGCAGGAAGGAGAGAAGGAUGAACCUGUGUAUGAAAUCAACCACAUCAAACAUGAUUACAUUGAGAAGGAAAAUGUUUUCACUGUACAUGUGUAUGUGAAGGAAAUUAAGAAAGACUAUGUUAAAGUGCAUUAUGAACCCAGGAGCCUAACCAUUCAGUUCCAAACACUGGAUCAGAAAUUUCUGCAACUACACUCAGGCACAUCUGAUGAAACGUCAUUUCUGUGGAAGGUCAAUUUAAAGGGAGAAAUCAAUCCUGACAAGAGUGUACACCGGGUCCUGGGGACAAUGUUGGAGAUCAAGUUGUGGAAGACUAAGCCAGAUAGGUGGAGCUCACUGGAGGCCAGCCAUCAUAAAGAGGCGACAGCCACUAAAUCCAGCGAGUGGAUUUCUACAGGUAAAAGUACACCCUCCGCUACCCCCACUCCCAGCCACAAGCCAGGGUCCCCCACCAAGGGGGGAGUGGCGUUUGAUGAGAUGGCGGAGGUUGGGGUGUCCGGGAAGUUGGACCUCGAGGAGGACAAUAGAGCCUCGUCGGAGAUGGGAGCCACCGGGGUCAGCCGGGAAACCUUCAUUCAGAAGCCCACCUGUAAGGUGUCGCCAAUGAACAAGAACCUGAGCAGCCUGUGUGUGCGGCCAGGAAUGACGGGGCUGGACAACCUUGGAAACACCUGCUUCAUGAAUAGCGUGUUACAGGCACUGUCCAACACCACAGAGUUCAGGGACUACUUCCUAGAAUCCAGGUUUCAAAAUGAUAUAAACACAGACAACCCCCUGGGUAUGGGGGGCAAGCUGGCUGUUUCCUAUGCUGUCCUGCUUCGUACGCUUUGGUCUGGAAAGCAUUACUCCUAUGCUCCUUCAAAGCUUAAGAGUUUGGUGGGACAGAAAGCGAGUCAGUUCAAUGGGUUCGCUCAGCAUGAUGCCCAGGAGUUCAUGGCCUUUUUCCUGGAUGGUCUACACGAGGAUCUGAAUCGGAUAAAAAAGAAACCCUACACAGAAACUGUGGACUCAGAUGGAAGGUCUGAUGAAGUUGUGGCUGAUGAGGCGUGGGAGAUGUACAAGAAGAGGAAUGACUCGUUCAUUGUGGACCUCUUCCAGGGACAGUACAAGUCUAAGCUCACUUGUCCCGUCUGUGGCAAGAUCUCUAUAACCUUUGACCCCUUCCUGUAUCUGUCACUCCCGCUUCCAAAGAAGAAACGUAUGCUGCCUGUGAUAUUCAUGUGGAAAGAACCAUAUAAAAAACCACUACAGUUGGUCCUGAGACUUCCCAAAGAGUGUACGACAGAGGCACUGAAAGAAGAGGCCGCCAAAAAAACAGGAGUCAAACCAUCGGCAAUGAGGGUUUUUGAAACGUACAAAGGAAAAAUCUACAAAUUUUACGGGAAAGGAUCCGAUCUGAGUGCAGUCCAGUCCGGGGACACUAUCAUAAUAUCAGAAGUUUUGACAGAAGACAUAGCAGGGGAACCUGUUCAUGAAAUCUAUGUUAUUCAGAGAACAAUAAUGCCAAACCAGGUACCGACUCGCUGUGCGUCUUGCCGGCGUCUUUGCCCAGACAACUGUAAACUCAAGCGGUGUACCAGGUGUUUCAAAGUGGGAUACUGUGACCACUCUUGUCAGAAGAACCACUGGAUCAUGCACAAGAACCACUGCAACAUGACCCCGGAGCCUGUGGGGUCGCCAUUCAUCGUCAGCAUUCCUGAGUCCCGCGCCACCUUCUCAAGACUCAGCACUCUGAUGGAGGCCUAUGCCAGGUACUCAGUAGAUGUUUUCCAGCCUCCAGUGAAAACAGAGCACAAGAUUCAUUCCUCAGGCAUGAGCAGUAGCAGCAGCCAAUCGAGUGGAAGCAUCAACAGCCUGGACAGCCAAUCAUCUUGUAGCAGUUCCUGUACCAUCACGGCGGAGCAGGGCUCAGUGGAGGAUAAGGUGGACUUUUUCAUCGGUGACACAAACAUAUCUCUGGACCUGAGCGAGGGUAACAUGAGUGGAGACAACAGCUUUUCCAGUCUACACAUGGGUAAUGUCAGCGACGGCUCGUCGACCAGUAUCGGGGCCAAGGCCGGCAGUCUGUCCUCCCUCGACUCGACCGGAAGUGGUUCCAUGUCGUCUCCAACGUCCGGAGAUGUGGACUUUGUUUCAGAUCAUCGGGAAAGUCCAGAUGAGAGGGAGGAAGGAGACCCAGGAAACUUACCAGAGUCUGUGUCAUUUAAGACACCUAAUCUACCAGAGUUCUCCUCAUUCAAGAUGCCCAAAACAAAUGAUUCAGAUCAGUUUGGGAAGUCAACAUUUGACAAUGAAAGUGAAUCGGAGAAGAGUCGAGCUGUGCCCACUAAACCAGUGCUGGGGAUCAAGUCAGACGAAGUGGAGAGACCCAAGCCUCCGUUCUACAUGAAGCCGGUCAACCAGGACGGGCUAGGGAUCAGGGGUCCGGAGGGGGAGAGAUUAGAGGACUUAGGAGAUGAGCCAUUAGAUCUAGCAAACAAACAGUUUCUGUCUAUUGACUGGAAGAACCAUGAGAAAUACGACUCCUACGUACUGGUGCAGACCAAGGAACUGGAAUAUACUGAGGACCCAACACUUACAGCGCAGUAUACUGAAGAGACAGGAAAUGUUAACAUCCAGCAGUGCAUGGACCUGUUCACAGAGCCGGAGAUUCUGAGUCCCGAGGAGGCGUGGUACUGUCCAUCCUGUAAAGAGCACCGUGAGGCCACCAAACAGAUGUCCAUCUGGCGGCUCCCCCACACCCUCAUCAUCCAGCUCAAGAGAUUCUCCUUCAGAAACUUCAUCUGGAGAGACAAGAUUGACAAAAUGGUGGAGUUCCCUGUAAGAGGGUUGGACCUUUCUCCAUACACAAAGAUAGGGGCAGACAAGUCCCCACCUGUGUAUGACCUGUACGCUGUGGUCAACCACUACGGGGGAAUCCUGGGGGGACACUACACCUCCUUUGUACGGACGCCUGAUGCAAGAGACCCAACCAAGAAUGAGCUUGACUGGAGAUUGUGUGAUGACAGUCGAGUAAAUAACAUCAGUGGAGAGAGGAAUGUGGUGUCCAGAGGGGCCUAUCUCCUGUUCUACAGAAAGAGGGAAUCUCUGGUGACCCCCAUGCUCAUCUCCCCUACCCCAGAUUUAGACAUCGGUGAUCAAAAUGUCAACGCCAGCUUCAUGUCGCUAAGGACAAAAGCCGAGGAAAGCGAGGCGGAGAAAGAGCCGUGUUACAUGAAGGACGAGAAUCUGAUAGAAGAUGAAGAUGUGGCAUCCAGCUUGGACAACACGGAACCGGACGACUUCGGAGACGCCUCCGGACUGGAUAACCUCCCCUUGCUUGUUGACCACCAUUAUCCGAGUAUGUACGGAGUGUCUGGGGAGGAUGAGGUGGAUAAGGACUCUGGAUACAGCCAGAGUAGAUCCAGUCCAGCCGAGGAUCCAGGUUAUACAGACAUGGAGGCGGUAGACUGACCUAGUUAUGUAGAUUGACCUAAUUUAUUGGAGAUUAGAAUCAAAUGAAUUUUUUUACUGGAUGAUCAGUGUGCUGAGUUUUGUGUGUUAUUGCUUGGUAAAAGAUUUUUUGAAUGUGAACAACUUUGAUUAUUGGAGAUUGCAGAUGAAAUUUGAUUAAUGAUGUGAUGGUGUAAAUUUUAAACAAUAUUAAUGUAGAGUAGCAUGCCACUAUUCAAACAGGCUAUUUUAGAUAACCUGGUAAAAAAGUAAUGCUUGAUAUCAUUUAUUUGACAGAAAUUCUGGUUGCACACUCAUUGCUUGAAACUCUUCAGUGCAUUGAUAUUGUAUUCUGGCUUGACUUUUUCAACACUCACAGUGACCUUAAAGAUUUCAUCUUCAAAAAUAUGUAAAUAGAUGCAUUUAUCUUUUGAUUAUUAUAUGACUAAAAUCCACAGACCUUAAAUGUAGGCCAGUGUCUGGUUCUGAUUUGACGUGGAUGUUUAGUUGUUCUGUGAACUGUGUGGUAGAGAUGAUGUUGAGUUGUUCUGUGAACUGUGUGGUAGAGAUGAUGUUGAGUUGUUCUGUGAACUGUGUGGUAGAGAUGAUGUUGAGUUGUACUGUGAACUGUGUGGUAGAGAUGAUUUGAGCUUUUUAUUAUGUGAUUCAUGUUCAGUCAAGUGGACUGACUGUUUAAUAUAUUCAGAACUGUGUUUAAUAAUACCAAAUGAAUGAGUUUAGUUCUCCAUGUUGACCAUGGAAAUGUAGUUAUUAGUGUAAUCGGAAAACUUGUACAGAAUGAUAAAAUAUAUAUUUAUGAAGUCAAACUUCUGUGAUUUGUGUGAAUAUUUUUGAUUAGUUUUUAUAUGUUUUGGGCAUUACAUGUAUUUGUAAAUAUCUUUGUCCUGUUUCUGGCCUGAUAUUGUUAAUGUAUUGUGUCUGAAGUGUUAGGAUUCUACAGGUUUUAAUAUUUUUUGCUUGGUAUAGACGAUGCCAACAAAAUGGAUUCUGUCUCAGGCAAAAGUAGUCAUUGUGUACAAAUUACAAGGAUAAUUAUUUUUGAUCCAUGGUCAUGAGUUGUCUUUUGCCCUGCUCUAAUGCUGUCAGCAUUGAUGUUGAUGGAUUUGGUUAUAUAAAACUGUAUGAAGAAUUUUGAUCUUUGCUAACAUGUAGGAAUUUGUUCACCAUGACUUUGAUUUCAUGAAAGCAAUGGAUAUUAUAGUUUUUUACAGUUAUUGCUUAAAAAUCAUAGUGUUAGUAUUCUUUCUUAGAGAAAACAGUGGGAUAGAAUCCGGAAUCUAAACUUUAAGAUGAAUCUGUAGUAUGCUUAAUACGUGUGUCUCAUUGGACAUCUUGCUCGUCAGCACUGCACACUACUGGUAACCUCAGGGUAUAUGUACUUAGUUUUACAGUCAUCAACAAUUCAGUGAAUAAAAAUCUGCAAUGUAUUGGUGUAGCAUUACUUGUAAUAAAUUCAAGUAUCCUUAACAAUAUGUUAAGCCAAAUUUUAAGUUUUUGAAAACUUAAUUAACAUGCAUUUCCUCAAAACAUGUAGGCAAAGGUGAUUUUUUUUCUUCAGUACCUCAAAGUCUGAGAACAUUAUUUUCUAUGGUAAAAAUGGUUAAAAUAUUAAUCUGCCAAACAUUUUUUUGUAAUUUAAAGCUCUAAAAAACAGAACACGUCGUUUUCCUUUGAUGUUUUUUGUUUUGUUUUGUUUUUUUCCUUCUUACUUUUGCUUCACUGCCGAGGACACGUGUGAACACUGCAGACACGCCCCUUCCUUCAACAUGGAAGAAAAAGUGGUAGUUUCACGGUCGUGUGUUUUACGCUCUUUGUUGGGUUAGAGUAAAUAGAAGAAAAAAUAUAACAUGGAUCAUUAAAGACAAGAUGCAGUAAAAACUACAAAAGUAAAUGGACAUUUCUAUUCUGAGAGACAUAGAUUGAUCAUACAUUGACAAGGAGAGUGCCCGUAUAAACCGACAUCGUCCACCGAGUUUUGUUUUAUUCCUACGAUAACAGGAACCAUAAAGCUCUGCUUUUCUCUGUGUUAAAUUAUAUGUAAACAUUUUUUACAGACUUGUUUCAUUUUAAUACUUAUUGUAAAUAAAAAGAAGAUGUUAGCAGUGUUGUAUAUAUGAUUUGUUUCAAUGAGACCUUGUCGUUUUUUUGUUGAAAAUAAAAAUCAUC